CUCCAUCUUCCUUAGGCUGAAUUAUUCGUGAUUGACUUUGAAAUGGACUCCAGUACCCUCACUGCUCGCCUCGCGAUCAUUGGAAUUCUCUUCUCUUCCCUCUGUUGGAUCUAUGCGGUUUCUCGAGGCGUCGAUCCUGACGUUAAACAUAUUCUAUGGGGUCACGUCGGCUCAGCCAUCUACCCCACCUUUGUGUACUCACUUGCCUCGGGCAUCGCGGGCUUCAUUAUCGGCCAGAGCGAGCAGAAGAGCUGCGCCAAGAUCACCGGCAGCCUCAACGGGUGGCAGUACGAGUACUACGGCACCGGCCGCAAUUGCGAUACCACCGCGCAGCGCGAGACCAUCCACGGCGCCCUCUACCACUACUUCUCGAGCGUCGAGAGCAACAUGACCUGCGGCACCCAGUGCCUGUCCCUGAACCACGGAGGCCCCUAUAACGGCUACCUUAAGUUCGGCAAGGCGGAGUCGUUCGACGCCAGUGCCUACUGCGGACAGGGCUUGCCUUUCGCCGCGCGUGCUACGGGGGGCAACAACAGCUUCAAAUAGGUAUCUUUCUUGGGGGGGGGGCUGGUGCUGCUGAAAAUAUGCUAGAAUAUGGCGUG